UAGGGCCCCUACACAUAUAGAGAGCGCCUCUGUAAACUUGGCAACAUCGCAAUUUUUCAGUAUGUAGUAGCGUCCAACGUGAAAGUGUCAGAGUUCUGUAAAGUUAUAUUUGUUUUGUGAAAAAAAAAUCUUGAUAAUGGCAACCCAAACGCGAUUCAAGGGUCAGUUUGUGAAGAAAAAAGUGCUCGAUAAAAAACUAAAAGCAGUUUCCGCCAUGUGUCGAGCGAAUGCCGCUAAACGAGAGGACAGUGGACAUAACCUCCAUGAUCGGCAACAAGAAUUUGCUGUCGAAGGGCGCCGAAUCGUCGAUUUAGAAUAUCUGGCCCAACAAUUGAAGUGUAUUCGCUGCAAAAAAGAUAUUUUAUUGAGGAAAGCGGUGAAAGAAACGCGAAUGGGAUUGAACUCAAUUCUGCACAUUGCCUGCGACGAGUGUUGUUCUAUAACCCAAGUACGCACAGGCAAAACACACGCAACAUUGGAAAAUAAGACGCACGCUGAUGUGAAUACGAAAGCUGUAUUGGGUGCAGUUCAUUCUGGCAUUGGAGAAACGGCGUUGAACAAAUUAUUGAAUUGUUUAAACAUCCCAACCAUCGGGUCCCAUGUUUUUAAAAAGAUAUGAAAGAGAAAUUGGACCAGCAUUGGAAGCUG